GCUGCCAUGUAGUGCAGUCCUUACCUCUUUGAAACUACACUCUCUUGUUUCUCUGUCUGAAAAUCUGUUCUCUCUCUUAUUAAUCCAUGGCGUAAAAGCCAGUUUGUAUUAGGGUUUCUCUUUGUUCUCGCGCCCCUUUAGACUUGCAGAACCACUGGUGAAACUUUUCUAAGAUAUCUGACAAUGGAUCCCUCUGAACAAGCGCAUAAUGGUGAACAAGAGCAUAAUGGGGCUGCGGAUCCUUUGCCGCCUCCCCCACCCGUUCCUCCAAAUGUGACUCCAAUCAAAGCGGAAUCAGAACAAGCAGUGAAAAAGGUUUUUCGUGCUCCAAUGGCUAGGCGAGGUAUGGGGACCAAGGGGAAUAAGGUUCCUAUUCUUACUAAUCACUUCAAAGUGAAUGUCUCCAAUGUUGAUGGGCACUUCUUUCAUUACAGUGUUUCCCUGGCCUAUGAAGAUGGUCAUCCUGUAGAUGGAAAAGGUAUUGGAAGAAAAGUUUUGGACAGAGUUCAACAGACAUACGACACUGAGUUGGCUGGAAAAGAAUUUGCUUAUGAUGGGGAGAAAAGCCUUUUUACUGUUGGUGCACUUCCAAGAAACAAACUUGAGUUUACUGUUGUACUCGAUGAUGUUACAUCAAAUAGGAACAAUGGGAAUGCUAGUCCUGGAGGGCCUGGAAGUCCUAAUGAUAAUGACAAGAAAAGGACAAGACGCUCAUAUCGAUCCAAGACUUAUAAAGUGGAGAUAAGUUUUGCUGCUAAAAUCCCAAUGCAGGCAAUUGCAAAUGCUCUACGUGGUCAGGAAUCUGAGAACUCCCAAGAAGCAUUAAGAGUAUUGGAUAUCAUUUUAAGGCAACAUGCUGCAAAGAAGGGUUGCUUACUGGUUCGUCAAUCUUUCUUUGACAAUAAUCCGAGGAACUUCACUGACGUUGGAGGAGGAGUUCUUGGAUGCCGAGGAUUCCACUCGAGUUUCCGAACCUCUCAGGGAGGCUUGUCGUUGAACAUAGACGUAUCUACAACCAUGAUAAUUCGGCCUGGUCCCGUUGUUGACUUUCUUAUUGCUAACCAAAAUGUGAAGGAUCCCUUUUCUAUUGACUGGGCAAAGGCAAAACGUGUUCUGAAGAAUUUGAGGAUAACGACGAUUCCUACUAACCAGGAGUACAAAAUUACUGGAUUAAGUGACCGGCCCUGCAAAGAGCAAUUGUUCUCACUGAAACAGAAAAACAAGGAUGAUGCUGGUGAAGUUCAAACCAGUGAAGUGACUGUCUAUGAUUAUUUCGUUAAUAGCCGUAACAUUGAUUUGCGAUAUUCUGCUGAUCUGCCUUGUAUCAAUGUUGGGAAGCCAAAGCGUCCGACUUACUUCCCAAUCGAGUUUAUUUGUCAGGGGACGACCCGACCUACUCAUUACCAUGUCCUGUUAGACGAAGUCGGUUUCUCACCAGAUGAUCUACAGGAGCUUGUGCAUAAUCUUUCUUAUGUUUACCAGAGGAGCACUACUGCUAUAUCUGUAGUUGCUCCUAUCUGCUAUGCUCAUUUGGCUGCCACCCAGUUGGGGCAAUGGAUGAAGUUUGAAGACGCAUCAGAGACAUCAUCAAGCCACAAUGGGGUGGCACCUGCUGGUGGUGGUCCUCCUGUGCCACCGAUGCCUAAGUUGAAGGAGAGUGUCCGUAAUUCUAUGUUUUUCUGUUGAUGCGUAUUUAGCCCUUCUUGGCUUGUGCAUAAAGACAACUUCGGCUGUGGUAGUUUGUGUAGCGUUCAGUAUGACUUACGGAAGUUUAUGUGAAGUGUUUGAUAUUUGGGUGGUUCUGAACCUAGUAGAUGUCAGUUGUCUGUGUAUUUAUAUCCUCAAGCUAGUCCCCUUUGCACUGGCUGGAUUUUCUGUCUAGGAUAUUGUGUUUUGUCAAACUCACCCGUGGGAAUGUUUUGUGGCAGUUUGCCUAGUACGAACUAUUAUGUUAGGGAAAGUUCUAUUUAGCAUCUUUUUUGACUGCUUA